AUGGUUGUGGUGGGCUGGCCAGCACCAGUUUCUGUUGCAGGCCUUGCUCUUCUGGUGGCCUUCAACGUGGAUGAGGCCCGGAUCUGGGUGACUCCUGAGGGAGACACACCCUAUGUGCUCAGCUCCCUUCUGCACCAAGACUCCAGCACCAACCAGACCUGGCUCCUGGUCACCGGCCCUCAAACCAAGGGGGAAGCAGGCCUCCUGCACUGUUGUUCCCUCAUCCAAGAUAAGAUCUCCUGUAAACGAGUAGAGACUGUCCCCACCCCAAAGGGGAGGUACCGGGGAGUGACAGUUGUUCGGAACCACCACAGUGUUUUGAUCUGCAUUCAAGUGCUGGCCCGGCAGCCCCACAGCCUCAGCUCAGAACUCACAGGGACAUGCAGCCUACUAUCCAACAACUUCCAAAACUACACCCAGGUCCACUUCUCCAACCUCGAAAAUCUGGAUCCCAGUGCACAUGUGGAAGACAGAAACUGCCACAGGAACAAGAAAGGCAACAUAGAGAAGCCAGCCAGGUGGCGCCGGGCUCUGAAGACACAGGAGGAUGAUGAUGAGGAGGCAGCUGGCACUGAGAUUGCCAUUGUCCUGGAUGGCUCAGGAAGCAUUGAACCCCCAGACUUCCAGAGAGCCAAAGACUUCAUCUCCAACAUGAUGAGGAACUUCUAUGAGAAGUGCUUUGAGUGCAGCUUUGCCCUGGUGCAAUACGGGGAAGUGAUCCAGACUGAGUUUGAUCUUCGGGAUAGCCAGGAUGUGAUGGCCUCCCUCGCCAGAGUCCAGAACAUCACUCAAGUGGGGAGAGUCACCAAGACUGCUUCUGCCAUGCAGCAUGUCCUAGAUAACAUCUUCACACCAAGCCACGGCUCCAGAAAAAAUGCAUCCAAGGUCAUGGUGGUACUCACCGAUGGGGACAUAUUUGAGGACCCACUCAACCUCACUACUGUCAUCAAUUCCCCAAAGAUGCAAGGUGUUGAGCGCUUUGCCAUUGGGGUGGGAAAGGCAUUUGAGAAUAAUAAGACCUACAGUGAAUUGAAGCUGAUCGCCUCAGACCCCGAUGAGAGAUAUGCCUUCAAGGUGACCAACUACACAGCCCUGGAUGGACUGCUGAGCAAACUGCAGCAGAAUAUCAUUCAGAUGGAAGGCACGGUUGGAGAGGCCCUCCACUACCAGCUGGCACAGAUUGGGUUCAGUGCCCAGAUCCUGGAUAAGGGGCAGGUGCUGCUUGGUGCUGUUGGGGCCUUUAACUGGUCGGGGGGCGCACUGCUCUACGACAUGCACAGCCACCAGGGUCGCUUCCUGAACCAGACUGCGGCGGAUACCAAGAAUGCACAGUACAGCUAUCUGGGUUACGCAGUGGCCCUACUGCACAAGACCUGUGGCCUCUCCUAUGUGGCGGGGGCUCCACGGUACAAGCAGCGGGGGGCCGUAUUUGAGCUCCAGAAGCAGGGCAGAGAGACCAACUUCGUGCCAGUGCUGGAGGGAGAGCAGAUGGGAUCCUAUUUUGGCUCUGAGCUGUGCCCUGUGGACAUUGACAUGGAUGGGACCACGGACCUCCUGCUGGUGGCGGCUCCAUUCUACCACAUUCACAGAGAGGAAGGCAGAGUCUAUGUGUACCAUCUGAAUGAGCAGAAUGGUUCCUUCUCCUUGGCAUGCACUCUGAGUGGGCACCCUGGAUUCACUAAUGUCCGAUUUGGCUUUGCCAUGGCAACAAUAGGGGAUAUCAGUCAGGAUAACCUCACAGAUGUGGCUAUUGGGGCCCCCCUGGAGGGUUUUGAGGCAGUCGAUGGCACCAGCUUUGGCAGCGUGUACAUCUACAAUGGACGCCAGGAUGGCCUUUCAGCUAGCCCCUCUCAGCGGAUCAAAGCCUCAGCGGUCGCCUCAGGACUCCACUACUUCGGCAUGUCAGUGGCUGGUGGCUUAGAUCUGACCGGUGACCACCUUGCUGACAUCACUGUGGGCACUCUGGGCCGGGCAACUGUGCUCCGCUCAAGACCUGUGGUUUACCUGAAGGUGUCCAUGACCUUCACCCCCAAGGCACUGCCCAUUGGCUUCAACAGCAGUGUGAAUGCAUGUUUGUGUUUUGAAAUCAACCCUAUGACCACAACUGCUAAGUCAGGCUUCAGAGAGACACUCCUGAACUUCACGGUGGAUGUGGACGUGAUGAAGCAGAGGAAGAGGCUGCAGUGUUCAGACAAGAGAAUUUGUCAGAGCCACCAUAAGGAGUGGGAUGGCGGUGUGCCUCGGCUUUGUGAGUCCCUCCUGCUCAUUCCCACAGAGGGAGAGCUCUGUGAGGAGGACUGCUUCUCCAACAUCAGUGUCAGCGUCAGCUACCAACUCCAGACCUCGGAGGGCCAGAGGGACCAUCCCCACCCUGUUUUGGACUUCUACACUAAGCCCUUCGCCAUCUUCCAGCUGCCCUAUGAGAAGAACUGCAAGAAUAAGUUGUUCUGUGUUGCUGAGUUACAGAUGGCCACCGCUACCUCUCAGCAGGAAUUGGUGGUAGGUCUCACAAAGGAGCUGACCAUGAACAUUAACCUAACUAACUCUGGGGAAGAUUCCUACAUGACGACCAUGAGUUUGAAUUACCCCAGAAACCUCCAGUUUAAGAGGAUACAAAAGCCUCCUUCUCCAGACAUUCAGUGUGAUGACCCUAAGCCAAAUGCUUCUGUGCUGGUCAUGAACUGCAAGAUUGGUUACCCUAUACUCAAGAGGUCAUCUGCAAACUUUUCAGUAGUUUGGCAGCUAGAGGAGAAUGCCUUUCCAAACAGGACAGCCAACAUCACUGUGACAGUCACCAAUUUCAAUGACAAAAAGUCUUCGGUCACACAGAGCCACAGCCUUCAAUUCAAGCAUGCCUUCAUUGCAGUUCUCCCUAAACCUUCAGUGAUGUACAUGAACACAAGCCAGGGGCUUUCUGUCUACAAAGAAUUCCUCUUCAGUAUACAUGGGGAAAAUCUAUUUGGAGCUGUAUUCCAGCUGCAAAUUUGUGUUCCAAUCAAAUUACAAGCUCUCCAAUUUAUAAGAGUGAAAAACCUGACAAAGAUUCAGCCUCUUCCCAGCCCGUUUCCUUUCACAGCAAGACUCCCUCAUAUUCCUCCCAUCGGCCCCAAACUCAUAAUCUUCAGGGUUUCCACAGUCCAUAAAACUAAAGACAGCGGACCUGAGACUGGCAUGGGCUCGAUGGGCCAACCUGGUGAACCUGCCUCCUCCUGUUGCUGCCUCCUGGAAGCCGUGGAGGGGUGCUGGGCCCGGGGAGGCCACUGGAAGGUGGAAGCCGCCCGGAACUUCGGAGGCCGCAUCCGGAGAGGCGGAGGGGCCGGGAGAGGCCAGACUGCUGAACAGGGAGGCACUGGUGCCCAGCUCGCCGCCGUCCCCGGGCUGGCUGCACGCGCUGAGGUCCGGGCUGAGGCGGCCUGGGUUGCCGUUAGGGAAGGCCGGCGGUCCGAGCGGGCCGCAGGGGGUGCUGCACUUCUGCGGAGGCCGAGCUCGCAGCCUGGGGCGUCGUGGCGUCGCGACCAGACUCAGCCGGUCCUUGGAGGCUCGACCGCCAGGGCGCCUCCGCCGCUGACCUACCGGAAUGCCGAGGAAGUCAGGGUCGUCGGGGUCGUCGGAAGCGUUAGACUGCGAGGGGCCGCCGCUGCUGGCGUCGCUGCUACUGCUGCUGCUGAAAAAACGCUUCCGCUCUUGCGGCGGGAACCACUGCGCGGCUGCCCGGUCCGGCCGCCGCCGCGGCCUCCUGCCGCCCACAGCCCCGCCCAGACCGAGUGCAAGUCUAGUCCGAAGUCAGACCGCUGUGGGAGCGAUCCUGCUUGGGUGAGCGCGGCCGUAGCGAGAGGUGGAGGGAGGGAGGAGGCCUCGAAGCGGGCGGCGGGAGCGGCCCGGGGUUACUUUUGCGGACGUUUCCUGCCGAAAGCUUCUGCGGGGUGGCCUCGAGGCUGUCCUCAGUGUCCUCGCUGGACCCCGUUAGUCACGUAUGUGGAAGAAUGGUAUUCAGUGAACUGUACCAUCACUUCGAAUACAGAAAAUGUAACGGUGGCCGCGGAGCUGUCCUUGAAUCAAUCUCAGCAGAUACUUGACAUGUUACCAAGAGGUGUAACUGAACUGCAGAUCGUUGGUGAAAUAUCUUUCAACAAAUCUCUAUACGAGAGGCUGAAUGCAGACAACCACAGAACUAAGAUCACUGUCAUCUUCCUGAAAGAGGAGUAUUAUUUGUCUGUCAUCAUUAUUAUUGGAAGCAGUGUUAGUGGCCUUCUGGUUUUGACUGUGAUUAUAAUCAUCCUAUUUCAGUGUGGCUUUUUUAAAAGAAAAUACCAACACCUGAACUUGGACAGUACAAGGAAGACCCAGGUGAAAUCCGAGAAUCUGCUCGUAGAAGAUUAG